CAGGGAGUGGUAUAUAAUCAAUAAAUACUACCCAGGCUAGGAUCAACCACCCUAGAUAGAAUCCUGGUUAGACUUGACAGACAGAAAGAGAUUGAGUGAGUGAGAUAGUCACAGCUCCUUUCUGGGUAAUACUCCUAGCAGUGACACACUAAGAUUAAGCAUGGAUAACUGGAGGUUGUGUUGACCUAAAGUCUGAUGGGAUCUGCAGUGAGCCAACAAAAGAAUGAAGUGGUAGAGCCAAGUUGGCCAACCCCUUCUCCGGCAGAAAAUUCCUCAGGUGAAUCUUCAGUCUCCUCUACAACCACUCCUCCUGCCAUAAUAGUCACUGCACCUUCCAAGGAGGACCUGUUUGCUCAGCCACCCACCAGAACUAUAGAGGAGGCUAACAAGGAGCCAAGACCCAGUAGGCAACCCAUUUGUGUUGGUAGAGCCAUCACUAACAAAGCAUAACAAUGCUGGAAAAGUUCAGCAAAGCCGAAUGAACCCUCAUAUAGGGCUUGCAAACAGAAAAUGGAAACUGCAGCAGACACGGACCCAGACCCAAUAAAGCUGAAGUCUAUCAAGAACAAAAGAACGUUCACAGUCCCUCAAAAACACAGGCUUGGGAACUGUAGGAGUGUGAAGGAAUUUGAGAAACUGAACCGAAUCGGCGAGGGAACAUAUGGAAUUGUGUACAGGGCCAGAGACACCAGGUCUGAUGAGAUCGUAGCACUGAAGAAGGUCCGGAUGGACAAGGAGAAGGAUGGGAUCCCAAUCAGUAGCCUCAGAGAGAUCAACCUGCUGCUCAAGCUCCGACAUCCCAACAUAGUAGAAUUGAAGGAGGUGGUGGUGGGCAGUCACCUGGAGAGCCUUUUCCUGGUAAUGAGUUACUGUGAGCAGGACCUGGCCAGUCUACUAGAAAACAUGCCAACACCUUUCUCAGAGGCACAGGUGAAGUGUAUUGCUCUACAGCUGCUGAGAGGCCUGGAUUAUCUUCACCUCAACUUUAUCCUGCACAGGGACCUGAAGGUGUCCAAUCUGCUGAUGACUGACAAAGGUUGUGUGAAGAUUGCUGACUUCGGCUUGGCCCGGUGCUAUGGCAUUCCCCUACAGCCCAUGACACCUCGGGUGGUGACAUUGUGGUACAGAGCCCCAGAGCUCCUCCUAGGGACUAAGACACAGACCACAGCCUUAGACAUGUGGGCAGUCGGCUGCAUCUUGGCUGAGCUGCUUGCCCAUAAGCCUCUGCUGCCAGGGGGCUCUGAGAUCCAACAGGUGGACCUCAUAGUACAACUGCUGGGUACUCCCAAUGAGAACAUCUGGCCGGGCUUCACUCGCCUUCCCCUAGUUGGCCAGUACAGUUUGAGGAAACAACCAUACAACAACCUGAAGAAUAAGUUCACCUGGUUGUCUGAUGCAGGGCUGCGUUUACUCAACUUACUGUUCAUGUAUAAUCCCCUACGCAGGGCCACAGCCAAGGACUGCUUGGAGAGUUCCUACUUUAAGGAGAAGCCUUUACCUUGUGAACCAGACCUGAUGCCAACUUUCCCUCACCAUCGCAACAAAAGGGCGGCGCCUGCUGUAGAGAGUCAAUCAAAACGCAGCAACAUGUAAAUGCACAUACUUCAUUGCAGUUUAAUUUAAUGGGAGAAUAAACCCUGGUUGUAAGAAUGUGCUUUCAUAGAAUGUAUAUACCAGUCCAAAUUAGAGAUGUUGAAAAGUUUUCAACUACUCUACAGUUCAGCUUUCUGCUAUUGUUUGCAAAAUACUUUGUAAUUCUGUGCAUCUGAUAAAUAAUACAGAAUGUAUAUGAUUAACAUAUGUCCUAUGGAAUUGUUUGAACGGAUGUAGGUUUGUCUUCUGACUGUGAGUUUCUUGUAACUAAGAGGAUUUAUUAUGCUGUAAUGAUGUAAAUAGACUUUUUGUUACUUGAAUAUUUUAGUUUGAAUUAACUGCUUUUUUCAAAUAAAUGUGGAGUGUUUACAUUUA